AUGCUACGACAAAUCAGAACGUUUUGUCGUUCAGCUAGCGCCAAACAAGAGUCAAAGUUCAAUGUCUUUGACAGAAAAGUCAAAUUGCUACAGAGAACCAGGGCUGCCAAUGAUGAAGAAAGUUUACAAGUUGAAUAUCUGCGAGAUGAAAUAGCUAGAAGAACUGUCCAUAGGCUUUCAUUCAUAAAAAGGGAAGCGAUGAACCUUUUGGAUUUUGGAUGUGGCUCUGGUAACUUUGUAAAGACGCUAUUGACUCCUACGGAGGAUGAACUUAUGAAAGAUAAUAUCGAUAAUGUCAGGCCCAAGCUGAAACAUGUGUAUAUGGUUGAUAGCUGUCUUCCACUUUUGGAGAGAAACUCGUUUGAUGACUCGUUUGUUACAAAGAUCAAUGCGGAUGAAGAAGAGUACAGCCAUGAAAUAUUGCAGAGAAAGGAUUUUUUUGAUUGUGCCAUAUCCAACUUAUCACUCCAUUGGAUAAAUAACCUUCCAGGAACGUUCAGGAACAUAAACGAUAGUUUGAAAGAGGACGGGCUAUUUAUGGGUUCUAUGUUUGCUACAGACACCUUAUUUGAAUUAAGAACAAGUCUUCAGUUAGCUGAAAUGGAACGUCGUGGGGGAAUAUCUCCUAGAAUUAGCCCCUUUGUAGACAGCUCUGAUUUGGGUAAUUUGCUUCAAAAGGCAAACUUCAACCUAGUUACGGUGGAUGUCGAAGAAAUCAUCGUAAAUUACCCAGAUGUUUGGUGCCUAAUGAGAGAUCUACAAUUAAUGGGUGAAAAUAAUGCUAUUGCUAACCCCCCAGGUCCAAUCACAAAGGACAUGCUGAUAGCAUUGGAUCCUAUUUAUAGAAGCUUGCAUGGAGACGAAAAAACAGGUGCCUUACCUGCAACUUUCCGCAUUGUAUUCAUGAUUGGCUGGAAAAAGAGUGACAAGCAACCAAAACCCUUGGAACGAGGUAGUGGUCAAAUAUCUUUGAAAGACGUCCUGUAA